AAGUCGACAUAGCUUGGAAAAGUUAAACUGUGUGGCAUGUCAUAGAAAAUAUAAGUUUCUUUACAUGUUCGCUGUAAUUAUUUCACUAAAUUAGCGGUAUUAGUUACUUAUUUGUCUAAACAGCCGUAAUCUUCCAGCAAGUGCUGAAUAGUGAAACUUUAAUUGAAGUUUUCGGAUGCUGUGCCAUACAACGAAACCAGUGUGCAAUUAUGGAUAGUGAUUAUUUGCUUUGGAGCUAAUAUAGCAACCUUUUGGAACGCCAAUAGUCGGAAGUAAAAUCAUGAAAGUUCACAGAUACUUGGCGGUGCUAGUGCUCACUUCCUUCAUUCUAAUUUGGUACUAUAUUUUGCGAGUAAACAAUGGGUUUCUUAAUGGGUUCAAUCUGGGAUCAAACUCCAGUUUCAGUGGCGUUGCUUUUGCACGAAAAAGCAAUCCACGUCCAAUGGUCAACGGUACGGAGAUAGCAAUUGUAGUGGUGGCUUGCGGGGAACGUCACAAUGAGGCAUUGAACAUGAUUAAAUCGGCGAUCAUGUUUAAUCGGAACCAAUCCCCUUUAAAAUUUGUUGUAGUGGCAGAGAAUCAAUUGAAGCAAAAUUUUAUAGAAAAGUUAACCGACUGGCAAGAAAUAAAUGACAAUAUCUUUACUUUUGAGAUACACUCGCUCACAUUUCCUAAAGCAAACAAGGACGAAUGGAAGAAGUUAUUUAAGCCAUGCGCUGCACAAAGACUGUUUUUACCGUCUUUGCUAACACACAUCGAUUCAGUAUUAUACGUGGACUCUGACACGGUAUUUCUGUCGCCGGUCGAACAGCUGUGGUCCAUGUUUCGGAAUUUUAACGCCUCGCAGUUUGCCGGAAUGGCACCGGAACACGAAGAUAAAAAUGCCGGAUGGUACAACCGUUUUGCCCGUCAUCCAUACUACGGGGACUUGGGUGUUAACUCGGGUGUAAUGUUGAUGAAUCUCACACGGAUGCGAGAUUUUAAAUGGGAACAGCACAUCAUGCCUAUCUACAAAGAGUACCGUUUGAAGUUGGUGUGGGGUGAUCAAGACAUUAUAAACAUCCUCUUCCAUCAUCAUCCGGAUCGAUUGUAUGUAUUUCCGUGUGACUGGAAUUACCGAGCCGAUCACUGCAUGUAUAUGAGCGUUUGCGAGGCACCGGAUGGGGUGAAAAUAAUACACGGGAACCGAGGUUAUUUUCACUCGCUGGUACAGCCUAUCUUCAAUUUAAUCUAUACCACGAUCGAAGAGUACGCGUUUCGAACCGACAUUCAUUCCAAUUUUAUUCGUACAAUCGAAGACUCGCUGGUGCUGCCGAGUAAUUCAAACUGUGAUAAGUUGCUGGACAAGUUUUUGCAAAACCCGAGGAAGUAUUUUAAACAGAACCAGUAUGUCGAGGAUACUUAAAAAGGCUGAUCAAUGGAAACUCGAGUGAAACAGCAUAUCGCAUAUUAGGUCGAAACAAUCGAAUAAAGUACACCCGAAAUAUAACAGGCAGUGAUUUCAUCUAUGAAACGAACGGACAAAUUGAAAAGAUUGAUUUCCGCAUUCGCAUCCGCUGAUGGCGCAAAACAGUGACAGAUGUUUUUGAAACUCGCGUUAAUUAAUAGAUUUUUUAAGCAUGGUUAGUUUACUCACGGCUGUUGUAUGCGACAGUCAAAAGUUAUUUUUCUGCUUUUGUUCUUGUCUGUUGAUUAUGUUUUCGCAAUAAUGUCAGUCGUUAUGAGAUAAGUUUCAUAGAAUGAUUUUAGUCAAAAUUUAGUAUCGUUUAAGGACUAAUACAACAUUGUAGUUUUGUAAUAUUUCAUUUGUAAAUAUAGAACUGUUUUAACCCCUUUUU